UCGAAGAUACAACUUUUUAGUGAAAAUGAUUGAAACCUUGUACAGCCUGCCUUUUUAUCUUUUCGAGGUUCCAAAUCUAAAAUUAAAACGACCAUCAUGGUUCCACCAGCCCUCAGCGAUGACGGUAUUUUCGUUUGUGUUACUUUCGUAUUUCCUAGUCACCGGAGGUAUAAUAUACGAUGUAAUCGUCGAACCACCGAGUGUGGGGUCGACAACGGAUGAGCACGGACAUUCGCGACCGGUGGCGUUUAUGCCGUACAGAGUGAACGGUCAGUACAUUAUGGAAGGACUGGCCAGCAGCUUUCUGUUCACCAUCGGAGGUCUCGGGUUCAUCAUUAUGGACCAUGCGCACACUACCGGCAAGCCGAAGCUAAACAAAAUCCUUCUCCUUGCCAUGGGUUUCAUCUUCAUCAUCGUAUCGUUCUUCACCACGUGGAUUUUCAUGCGAAUGAAGCUACCAGGCUACCUUCAGCCGUAAAGCGAUGCUAUCUCAGGGGCGUAGACGUAUGAUAAGUCUCAUAAAUGAU